UUGAACAACAUCCGGUCGAAUAAACACAGCUUCCGAGUCAAGAGACUUGCAUGGUGUCGGAGUAGGAGGUGAAGUAGAAGGAAAGGCUUAAAACCAAUGAAUCUUGACUGGCAUACAGCUUGAAGAUUUUCAAAUGAGAUCAUGACAUACUCUGGACUUCUAUUGAAAACAUUCCGACUGCCGCUCACCUGUAGACCAUGUGUACUACUAUCUUCAAUUCUACCAAACCUCAGGAGUCCUCUACUAGCAUCUUCAAUUUUCACUCCUUUUCAAUCACGUGAUAUGGCCACUCUUAACCAGAUGCAUCGGCAGGGCAAGCCUCGACCAGGUCCCCCCAAAGCAAACCAUUUGUCUGGACAUCCACAACUUAAAGGUGUAGUGUUGAAGACUAUGAUCCGCAAACCCAAGAAACCCAACUCUGCAAACCGCAAGUGUGCUCGGGUACGACUGAGCAAUGGCAAGGAAGUGGUGUGUUUCAUCCCAGGGGAGGGACAUAAUCUACAGGAACACAACAUUGUUUUAGUGGAAGGCGGCCGCACACAGGACUUGCCUGGUGUGAAACUCAAGAUUGUCCGUGGAAAGUAUGACUGUGCCCAUGUUCAAAAAAAGAAGUAGCCCAAGGACUCUGAUUGCAUGUGACAAUAAACUAGUGUCCAUUACAGAUGACUGCCUGCAUUUCUUUGAGAGCAGAGGAAGGUAGCACCAUUACUAAGGCACAUCAGAAUGAGACGGUCCUCCUCAAAACAAGUCUCUUGGUAUGUUAAGUUUGUGUCCAUCAAUGUGUUGAUCAAUAUUUGUCUGUAAAAAGAACCCAGAGUGAUUUAAGAGCAUAUGAAAGGAGCUUCAUGCUAGAUCAAUAUACUGUGUAAAAGAGAUUUGUUUUGUAAAAUUGGAAUAAAUACAAUUUACAUUUUAGAAGU